CGCUGAAAGUACCCUGUGUGUAAGCCGAUUCACAAAGCGGCUUCGUCGCCAUUGGCAAACACCAUGCCGCUCUGUACACUGCAUCUGAUCCGUCUCAGCAAAGAAGGCGAGUUGGGUUCCUCUGAUGCUCGCUGUGCCUCCUUCUUGAAGCUACUGCUGGCCAGCGAUUUGGGACCGCGGCUGCUCGUUGCCUCGCUCGUCCGCCGCCCAGUCAUCCUGGCAGAGCGCAUCGAUUCCGUCUAUCUCAACGCAACGCCCUGGGACCUCCUGCUCGUCUUUGGACCAGACGCAAAGGGACCGUCCGUUCAGGCUUCUUCAAUCGAGACCAAAGCUACGCCGCUCAGCCUCGAAGACGACUCGAGGACGCGGGCACACGUCGACGUCGAGUACGUCCUCGACGUGGGCGUUCCCACGCGCAUCCUGUCGGGCUACAAGGGGCGGACGAAGGAGCUGGUGGAAGCGGCAGCAAGGGCCAAGAAGCCGUCUUUGGACUCGCUCCGGACAGAGGAGCCAGCGAGAACCCAUGCAGGAAGGGUGCCCAAGACGAGUCAGAAUCUAGAAAUGUCCGACGAGCUCCUCGAUCUCAUCGAGGCGCUCGAGAAGCUCGGCGAUAGUGGGCUUGUUAACGGCGGUGGGCCAGUGCACCAGCUCAACUUGCUCAAGUUCAAGCCUACAAAAGAGGACCGAGACCGUUACCUCGAGUACGGCCGUGGCUUUGCAAAGGCUGCUGAAGCCCACGGCGGCGAUGCAAAGCUGCUGGGCGUCGUUGUGGCCGAUCAGACACGGGCAGCGCUGCAGCAGCAGGGAAGUGCCAAGCCCAGUGGCAAACUGCAGUGGGACGAGAUCAGCCUGGUGCACUACCAUUCGCUCAGGGACUUUGCUGCCAUGGCGGCGAGCGAAGCAUACCAGUCCAUCAAUCGGGACAAGCGGCUGCCCUCGCUGCUCGACACGACAAUCAUCUGCACUCAAGAGGUGGAUUUAGACCGGCUCCGGAGGACAGCCAAGCUGUGAUGUGCAUCAAUCAUUCAAUCAUGAAGUAGAGAUUGCAUUUCUAUUCUUCUUGAGUCUAGUCGAAACUGAGAUCUAUCAAUGCCAAUUGCUUGACGUCGGUGGGAGCCUUUGCCACGGUGCCCGCUCCCAUGGGCAUCUC